GAAGGGCCUGACCCUCCUUUGGGAAGUGUGAAAAGAAGCCCCCCUAGCAAGAAUGGGGAGAGGGUUGUAGCAGCUCUGAUGCCGCUGCACCUCUGACCCCACUGAAGUCACUCCGACCUCGAACAUCACCCUUGGACCAUGCUGCUCAUGACACUGCACAUGGUUCCUGCAUGGAGCCACGGUUCUGUUUUAGACAUCAUUACAGCACUUUUUCCUCCUUAUUUUCAUUCCAGACCAGUCCAGGACAAUGGAAGCAGCAGAGGAGGAGCUGAGAGGUCUCCGGGAGGAGCUCAAAGCUGCCAGUCCUGAGGCUGUGCUGACAUCAUCCUGCGAAAUGGCGAAGGUGCCAGACAUCCUGGGCACCAUCUUUAUUCGGAUGCCAACAAUGCAGGAGAGGUCCAUGCGAGGCUUCCUGUUAGAAGGCGUUGGCAUUCUUGCCGUGUUAUACCUAGAGGCAGUGAUCACCAGCCUCCUUGCCAAGCCUCUGCCAAUGGACAGGCUUUCUAUGGAGACCCUGGCCUGCGCUAUAUCAAAGGGCCUUGGGGAGAGAGAGGCUGCAGAGCUCUGCAUAGCAGGAACCUGGCCACUACUUGAGAGCCCUCAGACACACCAGCUGGCAAGGGCUCUGCUCCCACUGGGAAUAAUAACGCCCCAAUUUAUAGGGCAGGUCCUAAAGUGGGCCAGUUCCCCAACGGAAAAUCUCCAUGUGACUGGUACAGCCUUCAUCAGCCAGCUUGUGUGUGACCCGGUCAUUGAAGAGCAGAAGCUCCUGAAGGCAGUCCUUUUUUUACUUCACCAGCGAGCCAGGGACCCAAAUAACCUUGUCCAACAAAUGGCAGCCAGAGGACUAGGCAACAUCAUGUACAGUGCCCCUGAGCAGCUGAAAAAACACCAGAAGGCCAUCCUGGAGACCCUGUUCCAGGCAUCAUUCGUGCCUUCCAGGGCUGAGAUCAUGGAGGAGGGCAUGUGGGCACUCACCUGCAUCUUUAAACAUCUAGGGACGGAUGCAGGGUCCCUGGUUGAGGAUGCAGUUGUGCACGUCAGGUCCUUUUUUAACCAUGACAACGACGGUCUUUGUGCUGUGGCUUUCUCGUUCUUCGGUGCCCUGGCAGGCUGCAUGAGGAAAAGGCAAGCCUUUUAUAAAAGGCAGGUGAGGCAGAGCCUGGAAACACUCCUGCUUCAUCUGGAGGACCCCAACCCGCAGGUGGCCAAGGAGUGCAGAACAACGCUGGGCCUGUGCUGCCCUUACCUGAGCUUAAGGAGGGUCCAGGCCGCCCUGGCCUUUCAUAUCCAGGGGUCAGAGCAGGGGAAGCAGGAACAGCUGCUGCGGGACAUCUGCAGGCAUUUGGCAUCCUUAUGGAAUAUGCUGCCCCCAGGAGUGGUGGACAGAUAAAGGUUGUGCACCUGCUGAGCUGUAAGUAAGAAAUCCAGCCCCUGCACUUCCCUCCUGGAGCCCAGAAGGAGCUGAGAAGCUGCAGGGAUCGACCCCUUCCUGUGCUUUGGAGCCCAGUGCAUCUGCUCUGCCCUGAGUUUAACCUAAGAGAGCCUUGCUCCGAGCAGGCAGCUCACAUUCCCCUGGAGCAGCAGGGUGCAGCACGGAGGAGCUUAAUCUGUGCAUCUCCUGACUGUCCUGCCCAGGCCUCAUCCUCAGUUGGUUUCCUAGGGUCCCUCAGGUUGGGGAAAGUUGUAGCCAGUGCCACUGGAUGCCACUGCCAAUCCUCCCCUGGGCAGCCUGUCUGUCAGGUCCCUUCAUCAGGUGCAGACCAACAUGAACCAGGCCUGUUCCACACCAGGUCUGAGUGGCCAGUCACAUCCCCUUGGCAAUGGCAACUCUUGAGAAGCUUUCUGGUGGGAAAGGCAGGAGAACCUUGUCAGUGGAAGCUGUUGAGAAUGUCAGCCUUCCUCCAUGAGCAGGAAAGCUGCUCACUGCCCAGCAGAACUGGCAUCUCCUGUCAGCUGGGAAUGCAGGAAGCUCCCAAAGGAGAAGCCACAGCCAUGUCUGUGGGGGAGAGUUUCUGUAGCUUGGGACCCAGAGAGACCACAAGUCUGGGGCUGUUCAAGAUGCUGGUGAUCAGAUGGUGGGAGCAACACUGCAUCCAUUGUGCACUGCCCACCCGCACAUCAUGCCAGAGCCCCGUUCCCCAGGGAUGGCCUUGCUCUGGCACUGCCAGCAUGUGUGACCAGUGUUCCCCGGAGGUGGAAGUGUCUAUUCACUAAUGUCUCCCUCUUUCCUUCCUGCUCUGCAAACUCUGGGACAGGACACCUCCCAGGAAGUCCAAGAUGUGGCCACUCAGGUUGCAGAAGCCAUUUUUAAAAGCCCUUGGGGCAGCACAUUGGAAGAGGAGGAAAACCAUGGGCAUAACCACAAGGAGGGGCUCUGUCGGGCAGACAGGCUAGGAACAGAUGUUCGAGGAAGUUAGGGGGAGGAUAGAUAAGGUCAAAAAUGGCCACCUGAUCUAACUGAACUUCUGUACAGUUCCCAGCACAGCCCUGGGGUUUGCAAAACCCAGCCACUGGCCUCAGCCCUGGGGCUGCUCAUUUCUUAGCCCCCACCCCCCUGACACCAGGUUAGUUUUAGCCCUCUAACCCUUGUCCCCUAUGCCACUGCUCGUGGACCAUCCAGCCACCCUAGACUACCAAACCCUAGACAGCGGCAGUGGGGCAGAGAGCCCAGCCUGCAGUAGCAUCCUGCCUCUGCCCUGCAGACAAAUCUGGGGUGCAUGUGCCCCCUGGGCCUCUCCCAAGGUUUGCACAGUGGCAGGAGCCCCCCUGCACCUGCUGGAUGAGCCUCCUGGGCUCUGAGCAUCCCACAGAUCUAGUCAUCACUGGUGAGGCUUCACCUACAGUCCUACAUCCAGUUUUGGGCCCUGCACUUCAAGAAAGAUGUGGACAAAUUAGAAAGAGUUCAGCAAAGAGCAACUAAAAUGAUUAGAAGUCUGACAGAUAUAACUUACUAGGGAAGGCUGAAAGAACUAAGAUUGUUUAGUCUGGAGAAGAGAAGACUGAGGUGGGAUUUGAUAAUGAUCUUUUAAUACCUGAAGGAUGGUUAUAAAGAUGAUGGAUUUAGAGUAUUCUCAGUAGCUGCAGGAGAAAAGACUAGGAGCAAUCAUCCCCUUAAAAUUCACGUGCAGUGACAGGGGAGCUCCCACACACAGACUAUGCCUGUGAACUUUCCCAGGGUUAGAGUCUUUCAGGUUGGAUAGAGACUACGCAGCAAUGACAACUCCGGUGAUUUCAUUGCAAGUCUUGUGAUUAUUUGGUGAUUUUCUUAAAGCCCAGUUCCCAAUAGCCUAUGAUUAGGUGAAUAAGCUUUCAUUUGAAAGCACAGGGCCAAAUGGAGGUGGCACAGUGCCUGAUCCAGCCUGCGCUCCUCAUUAGGCCACAACACCAAAAAGCUGAGCAUGACUGAUGAGGAAGGCAGGGCAGGGAAGCACCUUGGAGACUAACCAUUAAUAGAAGCCAAGACACACAGUUGUAGUUCAGUUUCCAACCAGGAUGGGGAAGGGCGCAGCAUGCACAUUGACUAGAACAGCAGCAGAGCUUGCAAGCUGGAAGCAUGGGUGACUUCUGCUUUAAGGAAGCACCCCAAAGUACUUCUUGAAUAAGAAGUAGUAUUGUUUGCAGUGGUUAUACAAUUCCACACGUGUACACACACGUUUUACCUUCUAAAAUAUAAGAGAGCAGAGCCACCAGACCAGAAAAACAAGGCUCAGAAGUGGAAAAGGCCGGCAAGGGUUUCUAGGCAGGAUGUUCCUUAUCGGAGCAGGCUGCUGGCUCUAGUUCAGAAACCUGGGGAUCUACUAGCCCACCAGCUCCUGCAUCUUUGCACGCUGAGGUGUGUGUACACGGGAGGUAAAAGGCAUUCGGGAGCUCGAUUGCUUCCUCUUAGAGAGAGAGAGAGACGCACACACACGCACACACUGAGGUGCACAAAUGCACACUUGGCAUGGCGAGCUGAAAUGCGACUGCAGGCAGGCUGAUAGCUCUGCAGCCUGGUACGGGGCAACCAGCGCAGACCAGAGUCGAAGCAGCAAGAAGUUUGCGUCCUUCAGAAGUGCUUCACCUGGGCUGGGGAACCAAUGCCUGAGCUCGCGUUCCAGCUUGCAGAGUUACUCAUGACGAAGGCUCUGAUCUUUUGGACCAUAUGUUCCCAGUUGCGUAAGUUCUGGCUUUUGCUUCCUUUCAACCAGAGGCUUUGCUGACCUUUAUUGUUCUGCUGUAGCAGGAUUAGCCGAGCAAGGCUGGGUCCCACAGAACAGGUGGCAGGCACUUGGCUUGCUUGGAAUGAGACCCAGGUAGUUAGCUCCUCUCCAGACUGGUUUUUGAGCUCUCUGCAGACAGGGUUAUUUGCUAGCUGGUUGUUUCCAUGGGGUCCUUGGAGUGCCCUGUGCUGUACAGAUUCAUAAAGAGAUGCCUUGAUCCCUGCCUCUGUCUUCUGGAGCUCCUGUGGGCUUGAUCCCAAGCCUGUCAAAGUCAAUGAAAGACUGCGACUGGCUUCAUUAGGCUUUAGAUUUGAGCCCAGGGAAGCAGGGAAAUGUAGGAAAAGGGGCAAGAGAAAACACUUGGGGUGGGAGGGGCUUUCAGACUGGGGAACAUUUGGGACUGCACCCUGCUCACAUGGGCUCCUCCGAUACCCACGUUUCCACGGCUUUGUGAUACAGCAGUGCCCUAGCCAGGAUCGCUGUGCUAGACCCUGCAUGGAUCGCUGUGCUAGACCCUGCUGACACGCUUGGCACGGGGCAGAAUGGCAGUGCCAGCCAGGGCAGAAUUUGCUUGGUCCACUUCCAGGGAUAUGACAGCAAUGUGCUCAACUCAAAUAACCUGGCAAUCAGGACUCAGAGCUGGAUCCAGACCUUGUGCCUGGAUUCCCUUCACACAUGCAGUGGUCUUGACGAUGGCAGGACCCUACUGACACAGAGGUAGCUGGGGGUUAGGCAUGAGAGAGGAGGCAGGGCAGGAACUGUUGUGUGUUAGUCCUGGCUCUGCCACAAACUCUGUGAUUUUAAGCCAGUCAAAAACCUCCUCUGAGCCUCAGUUUCCUUGUCUGUAGAAUGGGUUUACUGCUAAUCGGCCACCAUACAGGGGUUUAUGUAGGCCAAAUGGUUCCAAAUCACUCACCAAUUCUGAAGGCCUGACAAUUUAAAGGCCUAUUUUUUUCACACAUGCAGAAAGUCCCCAAUGUAGCCAAACUUGAGUGGGGAGGGGAUUGGGGAAAAGCUCUGGAUGAUCAACUUAUCUUAAAAUGGUGGGCACAUUGAAUGUCUAGAACCAAGACACCUGGGAUUACUGGCUGCUUUUGAAAAUGUUGUCUUGCUAAGACUGGCUUUCAGCUCUUCCAACUCUAAAAACAUCCUGCCCCCCGCCCAUAUUUAGGAAUGGUCCAGCGUAUAUUCUGGCUACUUCUGUAUAGAUGGAAGGGAAAAGAAAUUAAAAUGGUAUUGGGAAUACAAAAGAAAAAACAGUGAUCUGCUCUAGAUUUAAAGAAAACCCUCUCCAUCUCAAAUGCUCUCAUUUCUUUUAGGAGGUGCCUAUAACAGACCAAUUUAAAAAAAGUACAAGACUUGUUUUAAAAAACAAGUAGGGAUUUUGGGGAGCCCAGCUUGAGAGGUUUUAAAGAAGCUGAUUUUCAGCUUGUGCUCAGUAAGUGCCCUCUGAAAAUUAGGCCUCUCUAAAAUGGCUCAAGUUUGGGGACCCAAAAUCACCAAUUACUUGUCAAAAUACAAGCCACUGCAUCUAGAGGACCAGUGGAGGCAUACUGUGUAAGUAAUGCAUCUCUGAGGAAGACAGACAAACACCAGGGCCAAGAUCGGCAACACUGACUGCAAUCCAGAAUCUCAGGCAAACAAAUAAGCCGACGGAAAACUUUGCAUUGUGUGUUUGCAUGAGGGUAACCACAAGACAGGAGCCAAAAGGCAUGGAAACAUUUGUCUCUGAGCACUGUUCAAAGCCUAGAAGCUCAUGCCUACAUUAUUCUCUGUUGAUGCGCGGAGGCAGAGCCGAGUUUUCUGAGCAUGUUCACAAGGGAGAACUGAGUUCCGUGGCUGCGAAGCCGAGGCUGGAGAAAUCUCUGAGCCUGGGGAAGUCACCAGAAUACACAAGGGCAGGGAAUUAUCUGUCUUCAUGCAGACACUCUCAGGCCAGAGUCCAUUUUCAGGCUGUUCAGUGAUUCCUCUGAGUGACACUCUCUAUAUAAUCACCCUGUAUUCAGCAUUAUAGACAUGCUUCUCUCAGCAACAGAAGUUCAUUGGCCUCAGCCCCUGGCCUAAUGCUAAUCCAGAGCCAAACCCCUGAUCCUCAGCUCAUCUCCAGUUAGCUGCCUGUAAGUAAGAAAAUCUCUAGUCCUUGCUCAUGAACCCACUGAUACAUACUGCAUCCAUGCCUGGGACAGCCUUUGACACCUGUGUCAAAGCUGGAAACCCCUGGGUUGUGGCAUGGAGCCUGCAUUUUAGUACUAGCUCCUUUUUUCCCCUAGGCUGUCUGACUGCAGAGAGAUCGCCACUUCUGCUUCUCAAAAAUGCAGAGUUUUUUCUACAAACUUCGAGAACAUUCUGAAGUGGGGAACUGAAGAUGAGAUACCACCGGGCACAGUGUACAAUGUCCACUAUAAACAGUACGUGGAGAAAAAAUGGCUUACCAAAACCGAGUGCCAGAACAUCUCACAGCCCUUUUGUAAGCUCACACGUGAGACAGAAGACUUCACUGAGUACUACUACAGCAGAGCGCGGGCCGUGGCACUGAAUGGCUACUCCUCGGACUGGUUCUGCUCCCAGAGAUUUAAAUCCGAACAGCAUAGUAAUAUUGGGGCACCAGAAAUGAAGUAUAUUCCUAAUGUUCGAUCCAUAAAGUUUCUCAUUCAGCCUCCCUACACAUUACUCAAAGAUGAAGAUGACCACCAGCUAAUUGCUGAGGACAGCUAUAGCCUUGUAAAUUCAAACAAGCACUGAACCUCGCUAACCUCAUCACCAGAAACCAACUUCCUACAGCCCAAAAUACACUGAAUGGAUCCAGGUCAUGCCAUGACCUGAUGACCUCCACCCCAGAGUGCUGAGGGAAUUAGCAGAGGUCAUUGUGAGACCCCUGGCAUGGUUUUACGAGCACUCGUGGUGCUCUGGCGAGGUGCUGGAGGACUGGAAAAGGGCCAAUGUGGUCCCCAUUUCCAAAAAGGAGGAAGGAGGACCCAGGGAACUACAGGCCAGUCAGUCUUACCUCAAUCCUGGGUAAGCUUUUUGAGAGAGUUAUCCUGGCGUAUGUCCAUGAGGGGCCAGGAGGGGAGGGUUACGCUUAGGGGCAAUCAACACAGGUUCAUUAGAAGCAGGUCCUGUCAGACCAACCUGGUGGCCUUCUAUGACCAGGUCACAAAAUCCUUAGACGCAGGGGUAGCAGUGGAUGCAGUCUUUCUGGACUUUAGGAAGGCCUUUGACACUGUCUCUCACCCCAUUCUCAUUAAAAAACUAGGGGACGGUGGCGUCGACACCUACACCCUCAAACGGGCCACUAGUUGGCUGGAGGGCCGCACCCAGAGAGUGGUGGUGGACGGGUCAUUUUCGACCUGGAGGGAUGUGGGCAAUGGGGUCCCCCAGGGCUCAGUUCUUGGGCUCAUACUGUUCAACAUCUUCAUCAGCAACUUGGACGAGGGGGUAAAAAGCACCCUGUUCAAAUUCACAGAUGACACUAAGAUGUGGGGGGAUGUGGGCAUGCUAGAAGGGAGGAAUAGGCUGCAAUCAGACCUAGACAGGUUACAGAGGUGGGCGGAUGAGAACAGGAUGGGUUUCAACACUGACAAGGGUACUGCACCUGGGGAGCAAGAACCAGCAGCAUAGCUACAGGCUGGGGAACUCCCUUCUUGUCAGCACAGAGGCAGAAAAGGAUCUUGGAGUCACUAUUGAUUCCAAGAUGAACAUGGGCCGCCAACGUGGGGACGCAGUCAGGAAGGCUAACCGCAUCUUGUCAUGCAUCUGCAGAUGCAUCUCAAGCAGGUCCAAGGAGGUGAUCCUCCCCCUGUAUGCGACAUUGGUAAGGCUGCAGUUGGAGUACUGCGUCCAGUUCUGGGCACUGCACUUCAGGAGGCAUGUAGACAACAUGGAGAGGGUCCAGAGGAGAGCCACUCGCAUAAUCAGGAGUCAGCAGGGCAGGCCCUACGAGGAGAGGCUAAAGGACCUGAACCUGUUCAGUCAACACAAGAGAAGGCUGAUGGGGGAUCUAGUGGCCGUUUAAAAACUAGUCAGGGGGGACCAGCAGGCAUUGGGGGAGAUCCUGUUCCCCCGAGCACUACCAGGAGUGACAAGAAAUAAUAAUCACAAGUUGGCAGAGGGUAGAUUCAGGCUAGACAUCAGGAGGUGCAACUUCACUGUCAGGGCGGCUAGGAUCUGGAACCAACUUCCAAGAGAAGUGGUGCUGGCUCCUACCCUGGGAGUCUUUAAGAGGAGGCUGGAUGAACACCUCACUGGGGUCGUUUGACCCCAGUACUCUUUCCUGUCAUGGCAGGGGUUGGACUUGAUGAUCUGCUCCGGUCCCUUCCAACCCUACCAACUAUGAAACUAUGACAAGACGCACAAAACCUGCCAACAAUAUCUUCAGUGUGGCGAUAUCUUCACAAUACAAUCCAUAUCUUGUGCCCUGGUGGAAAACACGUGGAGACACCAAGCAACAACUGCGCACCAGAAUCAGCACACACCGAAAAUCUGUCAAAGACAAUAACAGAACACAACCUGUCUCUAGUCGCUCAGGCCUGAUCUUCAAAGGGAAUUUACAAACCACUUUUCACAGAUGAGCCUAUGAACUGCACUUAUCAACCUCCUAGGUACUGAGAUUCAUGGACCCAAUAUAGACAUUGGAAUUGUGACACACUACAACCUGCCAGCCAUCUAACUCCCCAGAUACUUCUCCACUUUUACCUGCACUGCUACAUUGCCCUUCCUCCCCCACCCCAGCCUGUCCCUCACCCCGUGACGCCUCUAUUUCCAUUUUCACCAACUGGCUUUCUUGCCUGCAUUGCAUGCCAGCCUCUGGCUUCUUUACUACUCCUUCAAUCCAGGAACAGCACACUCACCAACUGCAGGUGCUUCCUCAGCUUGAUAGAGGGUUUUUCAACCCUAAAGUUGAAUUCCUAGGCAGCUAAGCUGAGCUCACCUGGAGCCUCACAGUUCCACUGCAACCAGCAAGCCUCAGAUCUGUCAAAGACAUGCCAGGUCUGGGCUUUCCCCAGCCAGGACUGUGUGUGCAUGUGGUGGCUAGAGGUUAUGGCACCUCUUACCCACCUUUCACCAGGGGGAUCCUCAGUCCUGGCAUUUCCUGGGGCUGCUGCACCGCCAGCAGUCCCACCAGGCCUCCUGACCCUGGCAGAAUGAAGUUUUAGUGGUCAUGCCUAGGACCUGGGACCUCCUCCUUCCCCAUAGUCCCAGCCCAUACCUCCAAGUUGAUCCUGGCAUGGAAGCUCAGCAGGGAUAUGUUCUUCCCCUGCUCACUGGUGAUGCAGUGAGUGCCCACUCCAACUCUGAGAGCGGGCCAUUAAAUGGUUUUUGAAAAAUCAAAAAAGGAAAUAGGUGUGGACGCAGUGAGGAGGGUGGUAUUCACUCCAUCUGCACCUGGAGCUUGGGGAGUUUCAGCAGUGGGAGGUUCACCUUCAGGGACACCAUCUGCUCCACAAAACCAGGAUCCAAGCAAGUGCAGUUGGGUGUCACUACAUCCCUAUGCUGAACACCCUCUCACUCGGAAUACUGGUCAGUAGACACGACAGGUGUUCCUGAGCAACCAUGGCCAGAUCUGGCCACAUCUGGCUGCAGCUUGCCCAGUAGGCCAAGGGGUUGCACAGCAGUGGUUCCACAUCCUUGGUGAGAUAGGCAGCCACCAAGGUCUGAGUGCUACCUGCCUGAGAGUGGGGUCUGGUGCCUCUGGACCCUACCAUAGAAGCCAUGACCAUGGCCCACAUUGGCAGUGCCUGUGGUGGAGGAGACUGGCUGGUGGAUGGUGUGCUAGCCUGGGACAGUGGAUCUCCCUCUUCCACACCCCUCUGCCUCCACCAUUCUGCCUCCCUGACUCUCUUCACCAGCACCUCCAUCCACUGAUUCAGGCUGUGGCUGCUGCAUACACUGUCCUUCACCCUCAGGUCACACAUGGCAGCCAGCACGUGGACCAUACUGGACUGCAAGGGUUCAAGCUAUUUCAUGAUGCCCUCCUUCAGCCACCUCACCAGUGCCUGGACAUCUGGUGAAAGUGGCUUGCCCCAGCCAGGAACAUUGAUUCCCUGGAAGCUCUCCAUUUGGCUCUGAAGUUCCCUUACUAUGGGAAUCACCUAGCUAAGGAGGGCAUCGGCAGAGCUGAGGGUCUCAGUGGCCUUGAUGAAGGGCUUGAGGACCACCAAGAUUUGGGAGAUGGCAUCCCACUCAGCUGUAUUAAGGGGGCCGUUGAUCCCAAUCUCCCUGAGCAAGGCUAUCUCAUGGAUGGCCUUCUGUUGCUCCACCAGCCUCUCAAGCAUCAUGUAUGUGGAAUUCCACCGCGUCUCCACAACCUGCAUGAUUUUCAGCUACCGGAUGUUCAGCUCUGCUUGUUUGUCCUGCAGCAUCUUGUCCCCCUUGAUUUUCCAGUGGAAGUAGCCUGCCACCUUCCUACAUUUGUAAAUGAGCUUGCUGGUGGUGCUGGCAGCUCUGUCUUCCUCUAAGGCAUCCCUGACAAUGAGGUGGAAUUUGUGUGCUACACAGUGGAUGCCAACAAAGUUGGCAUUAUGGACUGCCUUGACCAUAUUGGCCCUAUUGUCAGUGACCACAAACCCAUGGGUGAGCUUUCCCUGCCCAAUGAGCCACCCCUGCACCAAGUGGUUCAUGGCCCCUAUGAUCUCUGUUGCCAUGUGGGACUCCCAUCACCUUGGCUUGAAGGAGAGCCCACUGAUGACCUGACUGGUCGCACCAGUGCCCUGUGAGGGAGAGAUAGGCGUGACCUCCAUUCUGGCUGUUCCAGAUGUCUGAGGUGAGGUAUAAGGCCACCUGUGGACCUGCCUUGCACAGCUCCUCCCUCAAGUACUCCCUGCAUGCCUCAUACAGGGAGGGCAUCACCAUCCUGCUAAAGGUGAUGUGGGCAGCCAUUUGGAAUGACAGGGGUGCAAGCAACAUGAGCCACCUGAUUUCUGGCUGCUCAACUAAGGAGAAGGACUGGCCAUCCGGAGCAAGUAUCUCCCCAGUGCUCUGGGUGAUCUCACUUGCUGUUGCAAUGUGCCCCCCUUUCUGUCCACCUUUCCCCCACUGUUCCAGGAUGGCCUACCUGUGCUUUGGGGGGAUGAGGGCUUUGGAGUGAGAGGGGGAUUUCCCUUUGGGCAUGCCCCUGCUGGUGCCAGGAUGAGGAGGAGAAAGGGCAAGGGGGUGGUGCCUGUGGAGAUGCAUCAGCAUCCCCAUGGUGCUCAUGUCUUUUGUUCCCUUGCCCUGGCUGGUUUUGGCUCAGCAUUUCAGGCAGAUAGUGUAUGUGGGGUUAUCUGCCAGCUCAAAAUGAUCCCAGCCCACACUACCCCCUCCCUUCUGGUGUGCGAGUGCAUGUGUGGAUGCUGAAAUGUCCCGCUUCUCAGCAGGAAGAGUCACAGCAACAGGAGCGGACUCAGCUGAGCUGCUUGCUUCCACAACCUUUACCUCAGCCUCCUCUGAAGUGCCUUCUGGAGAAGGAGAUCUGGCUCUAGGGGAAACUUGAGGGGUGUGGAGCACAAACUCAGAUGAUUCCCCCUCCUUCCCCAGAAUUUCCCUUGCUAGGGCACUCAGAUCCAGCUCCAGCUCUUCCUCUGGCCCUGGAAGGCUCCGUAUGGGAAAUGAAAGUGGGGGUCAAGGAGACUGUCAUGCUGGUGCUGCUUCUUCUAGUCAUGGUGGGGGGUGGACAGGUGUUAUGCAUGGUGCUCUUGGAGGGGAUACAGACUUAGGCACAGGCAGUGGCACUGCUCCCCUCUCCUGCCUGUAGAACUGGAAGCCUCAUCACUGCUAAUUGUAGGAAAGAGGCUGUGUCUCAGUUUUCAGGGAGGAACUUAUACCUCUUCCUCUACCCCCUCUUCCACCCCUCCCUGAAGGCUUGCCAGCUGCCUUUCCAACACACUUCAUGGUGUGUUUCAUAGUGUCUUGUCUUUAUAAAAAUAUAUAAAAGUAUGUGUGCUUUCCAGUAUGAAUUUUAUAUUAUAAUAUGCAAGAUAUAAAUGUAUAAAAUAUAUAAAUGUAUGUGCCUUCCUAUAUAAAUUCUAUAUUAUAAUAUCCAAGAUAUAAAUGUAUAAAAAUAAAAAUAUAUAAAUGUG